GACACAGCUUCAAGAGUAGCCUCUGAUAAACAAUUAGAUAUAUACGUUAGAAACAUGAAAAUGUUCACAGCCCAAAAACAAGCUUGGACCGGCAUUCAUCCCCAAAGCAAUCUCCCGUCACAUUGCAGCUAACCAUACUAUUCUUUUCUUCGUCAAUCCGCGUCACGAAUUUUGAGGAUUAACCAUCAAUUGUCCCUCCGCCGGUGAUACCCACAUUGGACGCAUUCUCGGCUAAAAUAACAUACCACCGGCUGCUUACGCGGGGAAAUCUUUCUCUGUUAGGGCUUCAAAUGUGAAGCCGUCGCGUUUCGCUUACUGUCAAUUCCGUCGAAUAGGAGUUCACCAUUUGUACCGGGAGGUCAAGAAAACGGGAGGGCAGUGCUUCUUUUUAACGUGAGGAAUCCAAUAGAAAAGGACGCCAUUAGGUUUCUUCGUUUCUUCUUUUGGCAGUGGCUUUUCAAUAGACAGCUUUCCUAUAUCGGGCUUUCUAGAAGCCAAUCGAGUAACCAGUAAGGAAAUUAGUGUACCGGCUUGUGGUGCAGAGAAAGACAUGGACAUUGAAGUGGAAGAUCAGCCUUUUGACCUGGAUUUCCAUCCUAGCGAAUCAAUCGUUGCAGCUGGACUCAUUACAGGCCGCCUUCAGCUGUUCCGUUACGAUGACUCAUUGUCUCACUCUCAAACAUUGUGGAGUACAACUGCUCACAAUGAAUCCUGUAGAGCAGUUCGUUUUGUUGAUGGUGGGCGUUCUGUCUUAACAGCAUCUCCAGAUUGCUCUAUCCUUUCCACAAAUGUUGAAACCGGACAACCAAUUGCUCGGCUAGACAACGCUCAUGGGGCUGCCAUCAAUCGUCUGGUCAAUUUAACAGAUACAACAAUUGCCUCUGGAGAUGAUGAUGGGACGAUUAAGGUUUGGGAUACUCGGCAGAAUUCUUGUUGUAACAAAGUCGAGGCUCAUGAAGAUUAUAUUUCAGAUAUGGAAUUUGUUCCUGAUACCAAGCAGCUACUUGUGACAAGUGGCGAUGGGAGGCUUUCUGUUUGCAGUAUCCGAAAAAAUAAGGUUCAUGCACGCUCUGAGUUUUCAGAAGAUGAACUACUUUCAGUGGUCUUGAUGAAGCAUGGGAAGAAGGUGUUAUGUGGUUCUCAAGAGGGAGUGCUUCUCCUCUAUUCGUGGGGUUAUUUUAAUGACUGCAGUGAUCGUUUUGUUGGACAUCCCAGUUCAGUAGAUGCUUUGCUUAAAUUAGAUGAAGAUACCCUGUUAACUGGAUCAAGUGAUGGAAUUAUCAGGGUUGUCUCAAUACUUCCCAACAAAAUGAUUGGUGUUAUAGGAGAGCAUGGCAAUUACCCGAUUGAGCGCCUUGCAUUUUCAUGUGACCAGAAGGUUCUUGGCAGUGCCUCACAUGAUCAUGUUUUAAAGCUCUGGGAUGCUAAAUACCUUCAUGAAGAUGAUGGAACUAGAGUUGAAGCACAGGAAGUUGGUAAUGGUGCAAAUGAAGACAUGGAUUUAGAUGUUGAUGUUGAAAAAAGGGGACACGAUCUGGAUUCCAAAUUGGAUUUCGUGAAGUCCCAAGAAUAUUUCCUUCGACACAAAGAUCCAAGAGAAAGAGGAAAUCAGAAAAGGGUCAAACGUCAGCUCAAAAGCAGGCCUCUGAUUUUUUUGCAGAUAUAUAGCCAUAACUGAUGAGAUUCAAGCUCGAGUAUCUCUUUGUUUUGAAUUUGUAUUUUUAUAGAUUCGAUUGAUUUAGAAAGCUUCUUUCAGUAUUUUCAUUUUUUCUACCCCAAUGCGGUUGUCAGGAAGGCAGAGUAUGUCUAUGAUCAGUGUAUUUGAAAGUAAUUGCCACCAAGAUAUUACAUUGUUGUGAGCUUUUGUUCAUAAGAAGCUUCUAAUUCUCCUCGAUUUCUCUACUUUUUUGAUAAUUAUAUAGCUGUAAUGGGUAGAAUAUGCUUCUGCCAUCAAAUUCUUUUGUAAUAGUGAUCUGCCCGUUAGUAUAGAGAAUCCAAUAGUUGGGCAAUCCAUGUUGGUGGGUUUGCUCUCUCGUGUGUUAAACCAUUUUUAAAGCAUUUAAUGGAAGAGACUUUAAAUAUAAAGGGAAAAAAAGUUUUGAUUGGAUCA